AUGGUAAACAAUAUUAGUUACGCGGACGAUAUGGUGCUGCUGGGGCCCUCUGUUUGUGCAGUCAGAAAACUUCUGAGCAUGUGUGAGGAGUAUGCCGUGGCUCAAGGACUCAGGUACAAUGUGGCUAAGAGUGAGAUUCUAGUUUUCCAGCCGCGCGAGCAUAAGGUGGAUAGGGUACCGGAAAUCUUGCUGUAUGGUAUACCUCUAAACAGAACCAAGAAAUUCAAGUACCUGGGUCAUUGGGUCACGGAGUGCCUCUCGGAUGAUCCAGACAUUGAGAGGGAGCGCAGGGCGUUGGCUGUCAGGGGUAACAUGGUGGCUCGGAGGUUUGCACCCCAGGUACUGUAG